CAGAGCGGAGGCUGCCUCUCCUGACUCCUGGACGCCAGAGUCUCGGGAUCCUCCGCGGCUGAUGAGCCUUUGCCUGCCCCCAUUCCUACCCUUCAGUUCCUCCAGGCCCGCGGGACCACUCCCACCGCCACCACCUCGCCCGCCACCCCGAAAGGAGCUGGCUAGCCGACCAUCGCCGCGCAGUUCCCUGGUCGCCCUCAGGUAGCUCCAUUGUAGCUCCUGUCUUGGGCUUCGCCCUAUUCCUGAGCUUCGGGGAGACUGAGUGAAACAAACUUCGCAGACCGGCUGACGCGCAACGGGGCCCGCAUGCCCCGCACUCCCAGGUGGGCACAGGACAUUAGGACUUUGGGGCAUUGGGCUGCCUUGCCCAUUGCACCCGCUAGAUAGACGCUCUCCCUGCUUGCAGGGGAUUCUAGAGACAUCUUCACUUAGGAAACUUUUGUUUCCUCACCCAAAGGGGUGAGGAAAGCUAGAGGGAGAAGUUGGUCUCCUCCGGGCAACCGCCAUCCUGGAGGCGAUUAGCUGGGCGCCGCUAACCGCGGAACGCAUCCAGAGAGAUGCUGAACCUCUCCCCGGGUCGCCUUCUGUACCGACUCCUGAUCCUGAUCCUGCCCCAGCCCGGUCCACGGGCUCGAGAGGCCAGGUGCCUAGGACCACACAGCCCGCGCGAAAUGAGCAUGGGCCAUCCAUACGCAUGACCAUCCGCACCGGGGCAAGUCGCUUGACCCAGGCCUGGCGUAGGGUGUCCCGGGUCCAGGAUCGCUGGCCUCCGCACCCUAGUGAUGCCAUGAGCCUGCCUACUCUCUUGCCUAUCCCAGUGGUGGUCACCACGCCCGCGGACCCCAUUGAAUUCGUGGAAUCGGCUGCACUGGGUGAGCCCGCUACGCCCGCAGAGUCCAUUGUGCCCGCGGAACCCACUACGCCUGCAGAAUCGGUUGUGCCCGCGGAACCCGCUACACCCGCAGAGCCGGUUGGGCACGCGGAACCCGCUGCGCCCGCGGAACUUGCUGCUCCCACAGAGUCUGCCGAGCCUGCCGAACCCGGGGCAUCUGCUGAGCCCGGGGCGUCCGCUGAGCCCGCGGAACCUGCAAAAUACAAGGAGUCCACUGUGACCAUCGAGACCGAGGAGCCCCAGGCACGCGGGAACGCUCCUCAACUUGAAGGUGUUGAAGUUCGGAACAGUGAGGACCCCCAAGAUGAUUCUAUCAUUUCCAGCAUCAGCUGCGGCAUCUGCUGUUACCACCGCUUACAACUUAGACUCCAUCGCAGAGGAGGCUUCGUCCGCGCGGCGCUGCAUUGGGAAGCGCGCCCUGGUUUGGCUCAUUUUCCUUUUGGCGGCUCCUUUUUCGCAGCCAUGAAGCGGCAGAACGUGCGUACCUUGUCCCUGAUCGCCUGUACCUUCACCUACCUGCUGGUGGGUGCUGCCGUGUUCGACGCCCUCGAGUCCGACCAUGAGAUGCGCGAGGAGGAGAAACUUAAGGCCGAAGAGGUUCGCAUCAGAGGCAAGUACAACAUCAGCUCCGAUGACUACCAGCAGCUGGAGCUGGUGAUUCUGCAGUCUGAACCCCACCGUGCUGGUGUCCAGUGGAAAUUUGCGGGUUCCUUCUACUUUGCCAUCACCGUCAUCACAACUAUAGGAUACGGACACGCUGCACCUGGCACUGAUGCUGGCAAGGCCUUCUGUAUGUUCUAUGCUGUGUUGGGCAUCCCUCUGACGCUGGUCAUGUUCCAGAGUCUGGGUGAGCGCAUGAACACCUUCGUGCGCUGCCUGCUGAAGCGUAUCAAGAAGUGUUGUGGCAUGUGCAACACUGAUGUUUCCAUGGAAAACAUGGUGACCGUCGGAUUCUUCUCCUGCAUGGGCACCCUGUGCCUUGGGGCGGCUGCCUUCUCCCAGUGUGAGGACUGGAGCUUCUUCCACGCCUACUACUACUGCUUCAUAACACUGACUACUAUAGGCUUUGGAGACUUUGUGGCCCUGCAGUCCAAAGGUGCCCUGCAGAGGAAGCCAUUCUACGUGGCCUUCAGCUUCAUGUAUAUCCUGGUGGGACUGACUGUCAUCGGUGCCUUCCUCAACCUCGUGGUCCUGCGAUUCCUGACCAUGAAUACCGAUGAGGAGCUGCUGGAGAGUGAAGUUGCGCAGAUCAUUGCUGGAAACCCCAACAGCGUGAUCAUCCAUGUGCCAGAUGUCCGCCAUAGGUACCAACCCCGGAACUUCCUGAAAAGAUACGGCAGAACCCUGUGCUAUCUUUGUUUUCCUCGUGGGGCUGUUGCCCAGGACGAUGGUGAUGACGACAUUCCUGAUGAUGUCGCUGUUGCCGCCGCCGCUGCCGCCGCUGCUGCCGGUGUGGGUAGCAGGCGUGUCCGGGCUACUGUCCACUCCAUUUCCUGCAGGGUUCAGGAGAUCUCCCCAAACACACUGAAGAACAGCUUCUUCCGGACCCCAUUCGGCCCCAUCCCUCAUGGGAUUCACACCUGCGGGGAGAACCACAGGCUGGCCCUCCGUCGCAAGUCCAUCUAAGUGUGGGAGGGAAGUAGAAGAGACAUUUGUCAUGCUGAUGGGACCUAACUGCAUCUUCAAGAGAGGCGUCCAUGGAUGCUGGGUCUCACUGUAAAGCCCAAGCAGGCUUCGGAUUUCUCACCUCUCCCGGGGACCUCUUCCACGAGGGGCGAGUGUCAGCACCCUUUCCCUUAAAGACCUGUGGGAAUGGCCCAGCUAUACCUAGACAGAAAGAACGGAGACAUGGUCCUUGUAGGGCUCCUUGCCUGCAAACCUGUUGGGCCACCUUGGCACCUAGCGGCAACCUCACGAGUGGCGAUGACCACUGUACUCUCUCCUCAUUCGAUACCAUAGAAGGAUGACUUAUUGUCAUGUCACUGCCCUGGCCGUCAAGGGCUACAUUUGCUAUCUCUGUCUUUGAGAUGUUUGCUCUGGUAUGCUCUAGAGCACAGUCCUUUCCCUUCUGACCCAUGAGAUGUACCUGCUAUGGCUGUGCGACCUUUGCUUGCCCUCUUGGGAGGGUCUCCCUGUUGCUCAGCAGCGAGGAGCUAGAGAUGGACCAUAUUGGUCCUCCCUUCAAAGUCCUUCCUGCCCGUUUUGCUCCCCUGUGGAUUUAACAGUGUCCUUCUCUGUGUUCCUCUGUGUUUGCUUCUCAUGGGUGAACACACUAAAAAGCAAAUUUUGUAUGGGUCAGCCUUAGGAUAAAGUGCUCACAGAGGGGGAGGAAGGUCCCAGAAUAAAGCAGGCCCAAAGGCAAGUUAUCUGACUGAUGUAGUCUUGGGAUAUUCCAAUGCAAAUCCCUGGAAACAACACAAAUCUUGGUUUGCAUUGCUUUGUUCGGUAUUCAAUUGCAUGUGCCUGGAGGGGCUGAGUGUGCCAUUAGCAUGGGCCCAGGAAAUCCUCAGAGCAAAGCACCUGGGUGUUGGAGGGUGGGUACAUCUCAGACUGGAGAAGCAUGCAGGGAUAUAUCUUUGUGGUAGGUGGGGCUGGUGAUGGGAUCAUCACAAGGGGGUCAGGUGGAGCCCUGUCAUUUGCUUGGGGAGAUCAUACACUAUGACCCAAGACCCUGGACCUCUGGUGCCCUGGGAGAGAGGCAAGAACACCCUUUUUGUUCCCUCUUCCACUCCUAGAGCAGCGUGGGGUGGCGAAAGCUGCUUGGGGCCGGCAUUUUACACACCUGGGACCAAGCUCUGCCAUUCACAGGUGGGUGGUGGAUUUACCCCUCCGCGUCCGCGCCUCAGUUUUCACACUCUCGCGUUGGAGGGAGGUUCUGCUCAGUUCCCGCUGCACAGAGUGCUUGUGAGGACUACAAUACCUGUGAAUGUUUACUGAGCACCUGCCUUGCUCUUGGGGAAGUAUAUAUCCUUGGCCCAGCUGGCCUCCCUUCAAGGCAACGGGUUGUUGUUGGGGCCCAAACUGUAAACUGUAGCUCGAGACCCUUUCUGGUGUAGCACUGUACAGAGGAAAUGUAGCGUCCUAAUGUACGCCUGUGCUCUGUACCGAGAGGGGGUGUAGGUGUUGGGCAGGAGGGCAGCCAGAGCUCUUCUGUACAGCAGGCAACUGACAAGGCUCAGAGGAGCUGCAAGACCAGAUCCCAGAGGGCUGAGACUCACGUGUGUGGGUGGGGUGGAGUGGAGGCCUCAAACACAGAAAAAUCACACAAGGGCACAACUUAGAGAAUGGAGAGAGGAGGUGUUACCUUUGAGGAAACCACAUGGGUGGGUUUCACCCUGGGAUGGAGGCUUUGCGUGGAUUCCUAAUGGAGGGGAGAAGCUUCCAGGAAUAUAUAUAUAUACCUGGUGCCAGGAAUGUCCCUCCUUUCCCUGCGUUAGUAAUGAAUGCCUAGACGGGAACCAUGUGCUGUUGAAGCCUGUAAUUGUCAUUAUUAGCCUUGUAGACAUUGUCUUCAGGAAGCGUCUCCGUACCAAUGGACCCUAGAGGACACACCGGGGACCUACGGUAUUGAGUUCUCUGGCAUGAAGGGUAGCCAGCAGGUCCAUGCACAUGGCAGAAAGUGCCUGCCACCUGCACAGGACAAAGGGCUUCUGUGGGACCCCUCCAAUAACGCUGUGUGACACUGUCGCAUGACUCUUCCUAAGAGGUAGACUUGAGAAUGACUUUGAGCAUAAAAAUUGCUCAAUCCUGUCAUCCCAGCCCAGCCAAGGAUGGUUCUGGAAGGAUGCAGGGUAGAGCCUCACCCUACAGAUGCUGGUGUAACUGACCUUCUAAGAACACAGGGCUGAAAAUUUGACCCUGAAGGGUACCUUGUCUAAAAUUGUGUGGGAACACAAAAGCAGACAGUGGGAGGGGUGGGCUUGCUCUGCCUCUCACUGUACUUUCUGCAAGGUGACAACCAACAUGAAGAGCUCUGUUGGGGAUAACUUAUGGUCUGGAGAGAGGUGGGAGAAGAGAAAGAAGCUUGAGUUACUUGGUACAUUUGGCUUUGUAGUUUCCCAUUUUGUUCUUGGGUCCUGACCACUUUGGAGGCUCCAGUCCAGUGCUGGAGAGACUUGGUAUCCAGAGAGCAUGCUCGAUUUGGAGUGUGAGGUGGGCUGAGAAGGAUCUUGUAAACUCCAGGCAUAGUAUUGGCUCUGAAAUAAGUGUUGGUUUGCCUUUUGCAGCAUGCUGGGCAGUGGGUGGAGGGUACCCUGGACAUCUCCCUGAGAGCCAGCCCUGACUUCCCUUCCUUCCUUACAUACAAUUGGGUCACAGGGCCUUGGCAAGUCAUUUCUCAUCCUCCUUGACAGCAGAUGGAAUUGCCGGGCCAGAAGUGGGUGCCUCUUGGAUACAUACUGGAGCAGAGGAGAUAAAAUUCAUAUCACUGCGCCCUAGUUCUUUGCUGGUAUUUUGGUGGAAAAGGUCAGAGGAGAGAGUAGGUUAAAUCCUUUCAAGAUGAGGCUAGAGUCCCAAGAAUGGUCCAGUUACCCUCUCUUGGGGCAUUUUUCCUGUCCUAGGUUAUGGACUUUUCACUGAAGAACUGGCCUGCCCUAAGUUUAUUGUCCAUCCAGUGAGCUCUCCUUUAUCUCCCUUGAACAAUGGCAUGGUUGGGGGUGGGCCAACCGACUGUCAACCAAAGCCCUCCUUCUCCUAAAGGGUCCUUACCUUUCUCUACCUAGAGAGGAUGGCACAGUUCCAGAUGUGAACGGCAGCUGUGGGGACAUUGCUGUGCAGUGGUGGCUAAUGUGCACCUGCUGGUCCCACUGUCACUCACAGAUCAGGUGGAGCAGCUGUGCUAUAUUGAGUCACCCUGGAGAGCUCCAUGGACAGGCCCUCCCUGACCCCACGAGGCUGUGAGCUCAGUGGGGCACAUGCCUCCAUGAUGUGUGAGCUCCUGCUACAGGUUUAGGGAACAGAGAAGGGAGAGCAUGCUUUGACAAUUGUUUUAAUUUUAUUUUUCAAACUGGAACUUUAGAAGUUGGGUAGAAAAAUAAAAAUCAAAGGAAAUGGGGAAAAUACGAUGAGUGGGAACCCAGUGAAGCAGAACCCACAAUUAACAAGAUUUCUCUGUAAUUUGAUGGCUCCUCCGAGAAGAACAUAUUCCAGAAAAGGGCUAAUUAUGCAUUCAGGCCACAAAUAGCAUUUUGACAGCUGGUUUUGGGUUGGGAAGGCCCCUCUGAGGUCAUCUUAGCCCAUCUUCUGCCUUAUCAGAAACCUCCAAACAGACACUGUGCUGGGGGCAGACCCUGCAAAUCCUGCUGGGCAAAAUUUGCAUAAGAAGUUAGAUCAGACCCAUCCAGAGAAGUUUGGGAUACUUUGUUACUUUCCCAUACCUUGAUAGAAAGGUUUACAAUUACACACAGAAGAUGAGGAAAGGAGGAUGUCAAAGACAGACAAUAAACUGAGUUUUUACUACACAGUUGAUAAACAUGGGAAGAAGACUUUCUAGCCUAUGGCUAGUUGUACUGUUUUAACCUUAGCCCAAUGUGUUUGUGUACCUCAUGACAGUCAACAGAACCAGCCCAAGAGCAAAAAGCAAAACGCCUGUCAUUUGUGUUGCUGGGUAUAGACAUGAAGCUUGAGUUAGUGUCAAAUGUGUCUCUGUCAAAAUAACUGGCAUGUACUCACAGGGUUCCUGGGAGUAUGGGGGCUGUGGGGUGAGAAGGUGGAGACAUGGGGAUGUGGUCCCUCAUGUAAUCGUGCGUGUGUGCGUGUGAGAGGCAGAGGAGGAA